AUGGCGGGAACCAAUUCAUCUUCCAGUUCGUCAUCUACCGUGUCCAGCCCUAUGAUUUCCGUAGAUAGCUCGUGGGAACCCAGCCUAAGAGACUGGGGAUACACUUCCGAUGAAACUGAUCCGAACUUGAUAAUGACUAAUCAUAUGACCCCAGACUCACCGGAGGUUGAACCUGUAGAAGUUGUUAUGAUAGAUUCAUCCGAGUCUGAGCUUGAACAUGCUGAGGAUGAGGAUCUCGUGGUAGAAGUUGUUCCAAUUGAGUCAUCACCUUCAGAAAUUAUUAUGAUUUCAUCCGACCUCUCUGACAUGGAGUCCCUUGUAGCCCAGAUUCCUAGUGAUGACCAGAGACUUGCCCCCACUGAGGGUGAGUCGAGUAGCCUAGGCAUUGGUCCAGAUCUCGACCUUGAAGGAUGGGGGACUAGUGGCAUAGAUCCAGAUCCAAUGUUCGAUUCUGUUGAUAGCCAAGACUCAGAGGAGACUGAACCAACUGAGGAGAAGUCUAGUUCCAGCAGCUCCUCUUCCUCAGGGAAAUAG